AUGGGGAUUGACAAAGUGGUUGGGCUAGGACAGGGUGUCUAUAUCGUGAGAUUCAAUACAGUGGAGCAGAGUGACUUUGUUCUGAAUAAUGGAAUCAUGUUCUUUGACAAGAAACCACUUAUCAUGAAGCCUUGGAAUGCAAAUGAUGAUUUUAAGAAGGAAGAUAUGCAACAAGUGCCAAUUUGGAUACAGUUAACCAAUCUUGAUCUGAAAUAUUGGGGUGAGCAGUCAUUAUUCAAGAUUGUGUCUCAAAUUGGGCAACCGUUAAAGAUAGAUCCUGUAACAAAAUCUAAGGAGAAGCUUAAUUUUGCAAGGAUAAUGAUUGAGGUGUCUAUAGCUCAAUCUUUUCCUAGCAUUAUAAGUUUUAUCAAUGAGAACGAUUGCCAAAUGGAUGUGAUGGUGCAUUAUGAAUGGAAACCGAUUUUUUGCUCACAUUGUAAGGGAUUGGGACAUGAAUCUACUUUGUGCAAAAAGCAAAAUGGGUCAAAAGUUUGGAUACCAAAAGAUCAAAGGCAGGUCUCUACUAAACAAGACUCUAUAGAUGCUGAGGGUUUCUGUACUGUCAAAGGGAAAGGAAGAAAGAGAGAUGGUAGUAAUUGCCACAGGGAAAGCGUUGCUGAAAAUCUAAGUAAUACAUUUCAGGUUCUAGCUGAAACAAAACUGGCGACAAAGGAUAUAGAGCAAGGAAUUGAUAUCACUGCAGGAGGGGGAGAUCCUCCUGUAGUGAAUGGAUAA